AUGUCUAGCAGAAACAAUAACAAGCUGCCCAGCAACCUUCCGCAGUUACAGAAUUUGAUCAAGAGGGACCCGCCGGCCUACGUGGAGGAGUUUCUACAGCAGUAUAAUCACUACAAAUCCAAUGUGGAAAUUUUCAAAUUACAACCAAAUAAACCCAGCAAAGAACUGGCAGAGCUGGUGAUGUUUAUGGCUCAGAUUAGUCACUGUUAUCCGGAACAUUUAAGUAACUUUCCCCAAGAGCUGAAAGAUCUUCUCUCCUACAACCACACUGUCUUGGAUCCAGAUCUCCGAAUGACAUUUUGCAAAGCUUUGAUCUUGCUGAGAAAUAAGAAUCUCAUCAGUCCAUCAAGUUUGCUGGAACUCUUCUUUGAACUUCUACGUUGCCAUGAUAAGCUUCUGCGAAAGACUUUAUACACUCACAUUGUGACUGAUAUCAAGAAUAUAAAUGCAAAACAUAAGAACAAUAAAGUGAAUAUAGUAUUGCAGAAUUUCAUGUAUACCAUGUUAAGAGAUAGCAAUGCAACUGCAGCCAAAAUAUCUUUGGAUGUCAUGAUUGAACUCUACAGAAGAAACAUCUGGAACGAUGCCAAAACUGUCAAUGUGAUCACAACGGCCUGUUUCUCUAAGGUCACCAAGAUAUUAGUUGCUGCUUUGACAUUCUUCCUUGGGAAAGACGAAGAGGAGAAACAAGCCAGUGACUCAGAGUCUGAGGAUGAAGGACCAACAGCAAGAGACCUGCUUGUGCAGUAUGCCACUGGGAAGAAAAGCUCUAAAAACAAGAAAAAGUUGGAAAAGGCUAUGAAAGUCCUCACGAAACAUAAAAAGAAGAAAAAACCAGAGGUGUUUAACUUUUCAGCUAUUCACUUGAUUCAUGAUCCCCAAGAUUUUGCAGAAAAGCUACUGAAGCAGCUGGAGAGCUCCAAGGAGAGGUUUGAAGUGAAGAUGAUGCUCAUGAACCUCAUCUCCAGAUUGGUGGGAAUUCAUGAGCUUUUCCUCUUCAACUUCUACCCCUUUGUGCAGAGGUUUCUACAGCCUCACCAGAGAGAAGUAACGAAGAUCCUUCUGUUUGCUGCACAAGCGUCUCAUCACUUAGUACCUCCAGAGAUCAUCCAGUCAUUGCUCAUGACCGUGGCCAACAAUUUUGUCACUGACAAGAACUCUGGAGAAGUCAUGACAGUAGGAAUCAAUGCUAUAAAAGAGAUAACAGCUCGAUGUCCUCUGGCCAUGACCGAGGAACUUCUGCAAGACCUGGCUGAGUAUAAGACACACAAAGAUAAGAAUGUGAUGAUGUCUGCUAGAACCUUGAUUCAGCUCUUCCGAACACUGAAUCCUCAGAUGUUACAAAAAAAAUUCCGGGGUAAACCUACAGAAGCCUCCAUAGAAGCAAGAGUGCAAGAAUACGGAGAACUGGAUGCUAAAGAUUACAUUCCAGGAGCAGAAAUUCUGGAAGUUGAAAACGGAGAAGAAAAUGCUGAAGGCGAUGAAGAUGGCUGGGAGAGUGCCAGUCUCAGUGACGAGGCAGAUUCUGAUGGCGAAUGGGUUGACGUGCCCCAUUCUUCUGACGAAGAACAGAAAGAGAUCUCUGAGAAACUGAACAGCAUGCCGCUGGAGGAGCGGAAGGCCAAGGCGGUGGCCGUCAGCACUAGCCGAGUGUUAAGUCAGGAAGACUUCCAGAAAAUCCGAAUGGCCCAAAUGAGGAAAGAGCUCGACGCUGCCCCUGGGAAAGCCCAGAAGAGGAAAUACAUCGAAAUAGACAGCGAUGAGGAGCGCAGGGGUGAGUUACUUUCUCUUCGGGACAUUGAACGCCUUCAUAAAAAGCCGAAGUCUGACAAGGAGACAAGACUAGCAACUGCAAUGGCUGGAAAAACAGACCGAAAAGAAUUUGUGAGGAAGAAAACCAAAAUGAAUCCAUUUUCCAGUUCCACCAAUAAAGAGAAGAAAAAGCAGAAGAACUUCAUGAUGAUGCGGUAUAGUCAUAAUGUCCGGUCAAAAACUAAGCGUUCCUUCCGCGAAAAGCAGCUGGCAUUACGAGAUGCACUCUUGAAAAAGAGAAAAAGAAUGAAGUAA